AUGUUGCCCAAAUACCAACUAUUUGCGUCGUUUCUUCUGGUGGAGGCAGCGAAUUUCGCGGACUCCUUCACUGAUAUAUUGGUUUUUCGUCUACCAAGCACUGGAUACGUCACCAACUGGUGUGCCAGCAGCCAGCCCAAUCAUUUCUUAAAAUCCCUCUACAUGAUUGUUUACGUAUCCAACUACCUAUCGCGGAUCCAACCAGUUAUCUUCUGCACGAUUCGUGCAAUUAUGAUUUACUUCCCAAAAGAUACCACAGAAUGGAACAAAACUAUUCUGUAUAUGUGCACCCCAUUAUCUCUAGUUGUAUCUGUUGCUCUAACCAGUUAUAUGAUACCAGAAUACGGUUUUUGUUCACAACUGGCGCCUCCGUUUGAGUUUGGUGCCGUAGGGAUCACAAUUGAUAUGCAUGGACCAACAAAUGAAGUUGUUCAUGCUGCUAUCUCUUUGACCUGUAUGGCCGCCACUUUCAUCAUAACAUUUUUCUCUAUUUUUAUGGUCCGACACAUUUUAUUCAUGAAAAACAUCUGCGAUCCGCAAUUUGUCUUUUUCUCCAGGCAAGCAGCCCUUGGCUACAUUCUUACUGUUCGACCAUUCGCCUUGGAUUUUGCUACAGUAGUUUUCCCAAUUGUCUUCUUUAUGACCCACCCGAUUUUUCGCCCAAAAACAACAACUGCAGUGGUAACAAGCGUUAACAGAAUCGUGACCUUUUCAGAACCCUAA